AUGAGCAAGUCCUACUCCUCCUCGGCCCAGACGGCCUCAUCUUACCGUCGCACCUUCGGUUCUGGUGUCAGUUCUUCUCCGAUGUCUUCCCUCUUCUCCCCUCACGGAGGAAGCCGCAGCUCCUCGACCCAUACGACUCGAGUGUAUGAGGUGAAAAGCGGUGCGCCUUCCUAUUCCAGCUUCAGAAUGUCCUCUGGUGGCGCCGGCCUGGGUUCCUCCACCGCCGUGCGCACCUACGGCGAGAAACUCGACUUCAACCUUGCUGACGCCAUGAACCAGGACUUCCUCAACACAAGGACCAACGAGAAGGCCGAGCUUCAGCAUCUCAACGACCGUUUUGCCAGCUACAUUGAGAAGGUCCGUUUCCUGGAGCAGCAAAACGCCGCUUUGACGGUAGAGAUCGAGAAGCUCAAGGGCCGCGAAGGACCUGGGCGUGUGGCUGAGAUGUACGAAGAUGAAAUGAGGGAGCUGAGGAGGCAGAUUGAAGCUCUGUCCAACCAGCGUGCUCGUGUGGAGGUGGAGAGAGACAACCUGGCUGAUGACCUCCAGAAGUUGAAGCUCAGACUACAGGAGGAGGUUCACCAGAAGGAAGAAGCUGAGAACAAUCUGUCUGCCUUUAGAGCUGAUGUGGACAAUGCCACCCUGGCCAGGCUGGACCUGGAGAGGCGCAUUGAAAGUCUGCAAGAGGAGAUUGCCUUCCUCAAGAAAAUCCAUGAAGAGGAAAUCCGUGAGCUGCAGAGCCAUAUCCAGGACACUCAGGUGCAGAUCCAGAUGGACAUGUCGAAACCCGACCUGACCGCAGCUCUUAGGGACAUCCGCAUGCAGUAUGAGGCCAUUGCCGCAAAAAACAUCUCAGAGGCUGAGGAUUGGUACAAGUCGAAGGUUUCAGAUCUGAACCAGGCUGUAAGUAAGAACAACGACGCCCUGCGCUCUGCCAAACAAGAAACCAUGGAGUACAGACACCAGAUUCAGUCCUAUACCUGUGAGAUUGACUCACUCAAGGGCACUAAUGAGUCUCUGCUGCGUCAGAUGAGAGAUAUUGAGGACCGCAUGGGUCGCGAGGCUGCCGGUUACCAGGACACUAUUGCGCGUCUGGAGGAGGACAUUGCCAAGAUGAAGGAUGAUAUGGCCCGUCACCUGAGGGAGUAUCAGGACCUGCUCAAUGUUAAGAUGGCUCUGGAUAUUGAAAUCGCCACUUACCGCAAGCUGCUGGAGGGAGAGGAGAGCAGGAUCACCACCUCCAUGCCUGUCCAAACUGCUUAUUCCUCUAUUGGUUUUAGAGAGACCAGUCCUGAGUCUCAGCCUCAGCGUCCUUCCGAGAUGCACUCAAAGAAGACCGUUCUCAUCAAGACCAUCGAGACACGUGAUGGAGAGGUUGUCAGCGAGUCCACACAACACCAGCAAGACAUCAUGUAA